AUGAUGAUAGUUAUCAAGAAGAAGCUCUGAAAAAGAGAGAGAGAGAGAGAGAGAGUCGAAAAUGGAGUUACGUGAACUUGGAAGAACUGGACUUAAACUAAGCUCCGUCGGGUUCGGAGCUUCACCUCUGGGCAACGUCUUCGGUUCCGUUUCAGAAGAACAAGCAAACGCCUCUGUUCGUAUCGCUUUUCAAUCCGGCAUCAACUUCUUCGACACUUCUCCAUACUACGGAGGAACACUGUCUGAGAAAGUGCUCGGAAAGGCGUUGAAAGCGUUGAACGUUCCGAGAAGUGAAUACAUUGUAGCAACUAAGUGCGGAAGGUACAAAGAGGGUUUUGAUUUUAGUGCAGAGAGAGUGACCAGAAGUGUAGACGAGAGUUUGGAAAGGUUGCAACUUGAUUACGUUGAUAUUCUUCAGUGUCAUGAUAUUGAAUUUGGAUCGUUAGAUCAGAUUGUUAACGAGACAAUUCCUGCACUCCAGAAAUUGAAGGAAGCAGGGAAGACUCGUUUCAUUGGGAUUACAGGACUUCCUUUGGAGGUAUUUACUUAUGUUCUUGAUAGGGUUCCGCCUGGAACAUUGGAUGUGAUACUUUCCUAUUGCCAUCACUCUAUCAAUGAUUCGACUUUGGAGGAUAUAGUGCCCUAUCUGAAGUCCAAGGGUGUUGGCAUUAUCAGUGCUUCUCCGUUGGCGAUGGGUCUGCUCACUGAGGCUGGCCCUCCUGAAUGGCAUCCAGCUUCACCGGAACUUAAGUCUGCUUGUAGAGCUGCUGCAACUUAUUGCAAAGAAAAUGGAAAAAACGUUUCAAAGUUAGCAAUGCAGUACAGCUUGUUAAAUAAAGAAAUCACAUCGGUGCUUGUUGGCAUGAGAUCUGUCGAACAGGUGGAGGAAAAUGUUGCUGCCGCAAGAGAACUUGCAGCUUCUGGAAUCGACGAAGCGGCUCUGUCAGAAGUCAGAACCAUUCUAAAGCCUGUCAAAAAUCAGUCAUGGCCUAGCGGAAUCCAGCAAAGUUGACCCCUUGCUGCCUGCAUUGCCUAUCAAGACUCAGUUUUCUUAUUCCGGUUAAGAAUGUUCAUUAUUCCUAUUCAAUAAGAGAAGUUACAUCCACUAUCCAAAUUAUUUGGUUUGUUGUUUAUAGUACACGCGGUGUUUUUUGUGCUCAUAUCCUCCAGCUACUUGGGAGCAAGGUCAACUAGUAUAUAUAGUCAAUACAGCCCAUCUUCUACUGCUGUUGUAACUUGGCAUAUAAUGUGUUAUAACAUUUGUGUUAUUUGAACAUUAGAUUUGAGAUUUUGUAACGUCUGUGUUAUUUGAACAUAAGAUUUGAGAUACUGUAUGGGACACUGUAGUUAUCUCUAUAUCUUGCAUUUUAUGUUAUACACCGGCCUCAUAUUUUAUAAA